AAACGUUCACGACUAUCAAACGCAAAGCUCAAGCGAAUAUAACUUACAAAAAAUAUAACUGAAAUUUAAAUCUUAACAAAAGAAAAAUUGUUUAAAAAAUAUAUUCUGAAAAAUUAAAACACUUAAAUUAAAAACUAAAAUAAAAAAUAAAGUGAAAAGUGAGAAUAACAUUUUUAAAUCAACGAAAAAAUAAGAAAAAUCACUUAUAAAUCAUGGGAACCAUUGCCAAGUUAUCCAUUGUCAAGGGACAUCAACAGGAAUUGAUUCCACGCCACUUGCACAGAAUCUUUGAGGAGGGUGUUGCCCAUCGCUCACACAAAACCGCCUUGAUUCACUACAAAGAUGCCAACUCGGCGGCUGAUUUCCAACACCAACUGCCGCGACAGACUUCCUACCUGGAAAUGAAUCGUAGAGCCAACCAAUGUGCCCGGCUUCUAGUGAGGGAAGCCACACAACGUUUCCUUCAACCCAAUUCGGAUGGAGAUUUUAUAAUUGCGGUUUGUAUGCAGACAUCGGAUGAUUUGGUGACAACUCUACUGGCUAUAUGGAAAGCAGGGGCCUCGUAUCUGCCCAUUGAUCCCACUUUCCCAGCCAAUCGCAUACAGCACAUUCUACAAGAGUCCAAACCCAUAAUGGUCAUCCACGAUGAUAGUGUGGAUAAGAGCCGUUUCGAUUCAUCGAUUGUCACAACAUUAACCAUAUCUGAGUUGAGCUUGAACUCGUCACAAAUGCAGGGCACCAAUCUCAUGGCAUCGGAAAUGUUGAGCAGCGGUGUCAGUAACUUGGCCAUUGUUCUGUACACAUCCGGCAGUACAGGUAUACCGAAAGGUGUGCGCCUCCCCCAUGAGGUCAUAUUAAAUCGUCUGCAAUGGCAAUGGACCACAUUCCCUUAUGCCUUGAACGAAACGGUUGGGGUAUUUAAAACAGCUCUGACAUUUGUCGACUCAGUGGCAGAACUGUGGGGUCCUCUACUGUGUGGUCUUGCAAUCUUGGUUGUACCAAAGGCCAUUACCAAAGAUCCCGAACGUCUGGUACAAAUGUUGGAAAAAUACAAGAUACGCCGUCUAGUUUUGGUGCCUACUUUGCUGCGUUCUCUGCUGAUGUAUUUGAAUUUGGACGGUGGUCGAAUUACUGCCGGCAAUUCUGAGGGCAAACUUUUACACAACCUGCACAUUUGGGUGUGCUCCGGCGAGCCUCUGCCAGUAGCUUUAGCCAGUAACUUUUUUGAUUACUUCCAAGAAGGUGUUCAUGCUCUCUACAAUUUCUAUGGAUCCACAGAGGUAAUGGGUGAUGUCACCUAUUUCGCCUGUGAAACCAAGAAACAAUUACAGCACCUGGACCGUGUGCCCAUUGGUAUUCCAGUUAACAACACUGUUGUUUAUCUACUGGACUCGGACUAUAGGCCUGUAAAGCAUGGCGAAAUUGGUGAAAUUUAUGUAUCUGGUUUAAAUCUGGCCGAUGGUUAUGUGAAUGGUCGGGACAAGGAGAAAUUCUUGGAGAAUCCCCUGGCCGUGGAAUUGAAAUAUUCACGUAUUUAUCGCACGGGCGAUUACGGCUCCCUUGCCGAUGGCUACAUUUUCUAUGAAGGCCGCACCGAUUCGCAAAUCAAAAUCCGUGGUCAUCGUGUUGACCUCUCCGAAGUGGAGAAAAAUGUUGCCGAACUUCCCAUGGUAGAAAAGGCCAUUGUACUUUGCUACCAUGCCGGCCAACUGGAUCAGGCCCUGUUGGCCUUUGUCAAGCUUCGUGACGAAUGUUCCCUGUACAAUGAACUGCAAUUGGAGAGUAAACUAUCGGAUAAAUUGGCCGACUAUAUGAUACCGCAAGUUGUGCUGAUCGAGCAAGUUCCACUUUUGGUCAAUGGCAAAAUCGAUCGCCAGGCCCUCUUGAAGAUGUACGAAACGGCCAACAACAACGAGGGUGACUCCAGCAUUGUGCUAGAUUUUGAUUACUCCCAAGUUCCGGAUGAGUUGCGUCCUGUGGCUGAAGACCUCUUUGAGACCGUGGGCGGUGUUAUCGGCCGUUCGACCAGGACCACCUUAACCCCACAAAGUAAUUUCUAUGAAUUAGGUGGCAACUCAUUGAACUCUAUUUACACUGUGACCUUGCUGCGGGAAAAGGGUUACAGCAUUAGCAUUUCGGAAUUUAUUGCCGCCAAGAAUUUGGGUGAAAUCUUGCACAGCAUGACCAAGGAUCGUGAAAUCAACAUGGUAGAAGACACUGAGAUCUGGUUGAGUGCCUGCCCCCAUUUGGACAUGGAAGCUGUUCCCCUACAAUAUUCCCACAAGCAGGAUGUUAUCCAAAUAAUUGUGGAUAGUUUCUAUGGCAAGGCUGAUUUGGAACAAUGGUUGAAACCGGAUAUUUUGCGCACGGACUACAGUGAUUUGAUUUCGGACAUUUGGGAUGAUUUGGUGGAAAAGGAUUUGAGUUUUGUUGUCGUCGAUAGAAACACAAAUCGUAUCAUUGGCACAGCUCUGAAUUUCGAUGCCCGCAAUGAACCUGAAGUUGAAGUUAAAUCCAAACUGAUUAUCGUCUUUGAAUUCCUUGAGUUUAUUGAAGGACCCAUAAGAGACAACUACUUGCCAAAGGGCUUGAACAAGAUCCUGCAUUCCUUUAUGAUGGGCACCCAUGUUGAUCUCAACGCCCAAGAGAAUAUCGCCUGCAUGCAUUUCAUGGAACACGAAGUAUUAAAAUUGGCCAAGAAGAAACAAUUCGCCGGCAUUUUGACCACCAAUACCAGUCCCCUCACCCAGCAACUGGGCAACGAUGUCUACAAUUACAAGACCCUUUUGGACUACCAGGUUAACGAAUACGUCUUCACAGAUGGUUCUCAUCCUUUCGCCAAAGCCCCAGACUCACAGCGAGCCAUUGUCCAUUGGAAAGAGGUCACACCCUAAGACGGGGAAAAUAGAUGCCGCCGCCUCCUUUAUGUUUAAUGUCCAGUAUUUAAUGACUUAGUGCUUAAGGAUAAUUUAAGGAAUCAAUCCUUUUGAAAAUGCUCUCUAGUAAAUUAAACAAAAUGCUCAAAUAUCUAUUCCACCACAUAGCUAUGUACCUGCUCUGAACGAACAUGUUUGAAUGUUUGUCCGAUCGUUUUGCUCCACUUCAUUUCAUGUCAUUAUUGCUCAUUUUCACUUUUCAUUGGAAUACAAAUCGAUGUUGAUUAGUUUUAAGAUUUUCUCUCACAAUCUCCAUACAUUUUAAGAUACAAAUAAAUUUAGAUUAAUUCAAAAUUGUGUUUUU